AUGUAAAAGAAGAGGGAGAAGUUUAGGAUUGAAACUCGAAGAAAUGAUCUUGAACGAUGUUUUAAAUAAAAAAGAGAAAUCUAAGAUUAAGGUGCAAUAAUUAAUGUAGGAGAAUACUGCUAUAAUUCUGAUAAUUUAUUGGGGAAGGGUUCUUAUUGUUAAGUUUAUGCAGGAUGGAAAGUAUGAUAGUAUAUUUAAUGAUUUAGAGUUAGAAUAGAAAUAAGAAGGUGGCAAUUAGAGUAAUGAUUGGAAAUGAAAGAGUAAGCUCGGAAAUAGAAUUGUAGAAAAGUUUAAAAUCAAAGAAUAUAGCUAAGAUUUAUGAUGAUGUUAAGAUUGAAGAUAAACAUUAUAUAAUAAUGGAAUUAUGCGAUGGUAAAUAACUGUCUAUAAAAUGAGAGUCUCUAAGCAAACGGUAUUAAGAAUUUAGUAGAAAUGAAGCUAUUUAAUAUUUUUAGUAAAUUCUUAAUGGUUUAGAAGAAUUAUAGAAACACAAAAUCAUCCAUAGAGAUUUAAAAUUAGACAAUAUAUUAUUAAAAAAGAAAUAAGUAAUUAUAAUACAAAUGUUGAUAGAUAAAAAUAAUUGAUUUUGGAUUUGCUAAGAAUAUUACAGACAAUGGAUUAGGAACUGAAUCAGUUAAAUGUGGAACUCCUGAGACAAUGGCACCAGAAGUACACAAAAGUAUUAAAAGAACAAUCUAUAGUGAUAAAUAAGAUGUUUGGGCUUUAGGAAUUAUUUUGCACUAAUUAUUUUAUAAAAUCCAUCCUUUUGAAUCAUUAGAGUGUCUUUUGUAAGUCUAUUCAAUAUAAAAAAAGGGAGAAUAAGAGAAGAGAUACAAGAGAAGAAGAGGAUGAAGUAGUUAAUGAUUUCAUCAAUAAAUGUUUAACAGAAGAAGAUAAAAGAAUGAGUAUAAAAGAAGCCUUGUAACAUAGGAUUCGUAAAUAUCAAAUUGCUAUUGAUUCUGAUGAUUAGAAAACAUUGUUCGGUUAGAUAAAAGAUUGUGUUUAAAGUAAAUUGGAAAGUCUGACUCACUACUGGUAUGAAACAGUAAGGGGUUACUUAAUUAAAUGA